AUUUGACUCUCGUACACGGAUUCGUUCAGCUCACUUCCCAAUUUUCUUGGAAUAUAAACCAACUUGACAUUAACAGAUCGAUCAGUUCGUAUUUUUCACUACUUGGAAAAAAUAUCGUAAUUAUUAUUACCAUCAUUAUUGUAACUUAAAAAAUAUGAUUGUUGAUUUAACCAUCAGCAAUCGAGAUACUCUUAGUCAGUGUCUCAAAAAAAAAAAAAAAAAAUCCAUAAAAUGUAUCUUUGUCCUUUUAUCAUUUCCUUUAUCUUUCUCUUCUCCUUCAUUUCCUUUAUUUUCUUACCUAUAAUCAAUUAUUUAUAUCGAUUAAAUUCGAACCAUGUAACUUAUAUAUUUGUUAUUUAUGAAUUAAAUAAAUUUUUAAUAUAAAAAAAAAAACUCUUUUUUUAUCCUUCUUUUGAAAAUCAUUUAAAAAUUUUACGAUAAAAUUAAGCAAACAGAAUAGACCAAGAGAAAGGGAUAGCUUUUAUCUUCAACUGCAUGAUAGCGAAGGUGCUUAGCAGUUUUAAGUAAACUGGCAUAUUACACUGGAAGACAAUACAGGAAGAAUAAAAAUUAUUUGUUGGGUGCAUCCAGUGUAUCGAAAAAUGAGACAAAGGCUUAUAUAGUCCUUCAAUAUGAAUAAAAAAUAGAUAUACUCAUACUCACUUUCACUAUGAUGAAGAUUUGCAAAGUGAAACUGUUUGUUCCUUGGAGUGUAAAUCCCCAGAAGCUAUAAAGCUACCAUGUUUUUAUUCUAAGAUCAACAGUUUUACUUUGUCUGUAUUCAUUGUCUGAUCAUUCAGUUUUCUUUCGUUAAUAUUUUACUUGUUUUCUAGCCAAAGAUAUAAUGAAAAAAAACUUACAAAAAGUUAUAUUUUUCAUUUGCAUUUCAAGUGGUAUAACUGUGAUUUUGGAGCGUCAAGAUAAACUAAAUGAGCCUGAUUUUCAAGCUGAUAAUUAUAAUAAAAAAUUUUCGCAAGAAUUUGGCAAUUGUCUUGCAGACAAAGUACAUGGUACAUUUGAGUGCUUUAAUCGUGGUAGUCUCAGUGUACUGCAAUCACUUAAUGAUAUUGACCAUUUAGAUUUUGGAAAUAUCAAAAUGGAUAGAAGUGAUAGUAUUGACGAAAGGAACCUUCUUGAUCUUGACUAUGAUCCUCAAGAUUUUGGUAAUGUCGUCAAAGCUGCAGGAAGAUUAGUGGAACGACGUAAUUUUCAAUGGGAUUUGAGUAAUAUCUAUCCAGGUUUAUUAAUGCAUGUUGGACCGAUGAUCAAUGGUAACGGUGUAUUAGAAUUUAUUCUUGACGAAAAAGCUGCUAAAUAUACUGACCGACGAAUUGGAAUGGGAAGAAUGCUAAUGCGAAACCUAGUGCUUCCGUUUCUCCUUGGCUUCAAUUUCAGUCUUUCAUCACUGAUUCCCUUGAUCUUUGGAAUUUUAUUACUAGUUACGAAGAAAGCUUUGAUUAUAACAAAAAUUGCGUUCGUUUUAAAUGCCAUUUUCGGCUGGAAUUCGAUUGGGACAAUACCGAGUUUUGAGGAUACCGGAAAUAUCAAUAAUUUAGGUAAUCCUAAUAUUGGUUUUGGACAAAAUCAUAAUUACUAUGGAUCUAAUGGAAAUAAUAAUCCAAAUUAUAAUCAAUUUGCCUAUGGUCCGUACAAAUUAGAACGUAAUCCAAGCAUUGAUGGUUACAAUAACCAACAUAUAAUCAGGGAGAUUCUUAAUGUUUAUGAACCUACAAAUAAUCAUGGACAUCAAAAAGUUGAUUCAAGUAGAUCUGGAAAAAAUUUCAUUUGGAGUGCAAGUGCUUAAAUUAAUUAUUCAU